AUGGCCCGAGAAGCUCCGAAUCACGGGAUAAAACGUUCCCUGUUAACAUUGAGCCUUGGGUUACUGCCGUGUUUCGUUGUACUAUUGGCUAGCUUGAAUGCCGCUGAAGGAGCCUAUAAUAUCCCGGAUGAACUCGUGCACUGCUAUCGCGGAAAUGCUACGCUUCCGGGUCCUCCACAUACACUUCGGUAUCUGCUGGAGCUGAUACGCAAGAUCGAAAGGCACAACCCCACUACACUGGAUAUACGCAUGCUAAGUGCUGAGUUGAUACACCGCAUGCGAGUGGACGGUAUCGAAAAGGUUCCCGGUGUAGCGGAAACAGACUGGGUAACUCCGUACAGCCCACGAGGCAUAAUGGUUCCGAAGUACGUGCUACUUCGGCAGCUCGUGUCCAACGUACCGGGACGAAUCGAUUUCGAGGCGUUCCUUACGCCGAGCGAGAUCUGCAAUCUGCACCGAAUGCUUAGCAGCUCCGUGGAACCGUUCCAGCGUGACGACGAACGCACUACCUGUCCACUAACGCUUAUGAGUAGCGAUGGUAACGCCCAGGCACCUUGGAUAACGCAGAACAAGGUUCAGAAGAACAAUUCCAACAGGACCACGUUUGCGCGUCCAAUUUCACGCUGUCCACUGGAACGGGGAACCUGUCGCACGGUGGACUACGGUACGAUUGCACCGGGAGUGGUCAUAAUGUCCAUAACCGCCGGGCUACAGCCACAGAACGUGCUGAUCAGCGAGUUCGUGACGGCGUACCGCAAGAAGAACCCGUACGAAAAUCUCGAAACCAUGGAUACAGCGGACACGCGAAGGCAGCUCGAUAAAUUGUUCGCAUCGUUGGACUCGAUCGACAACAUGUACGCUGCCGGAUUGGCGGGUGAUCUGGCCGAAGUGUGCCUCUACCAAGGACCGACGCUCAUGACGGACGUUGUGAUUGGGCUGGCUGGCAGCUGGAACGAUAGUUACUUCCCGCGUGCACAUUUUCUGAACCAAAACCACGCCGGCCGGUGGGAGAUGACGGACAGCGAGAUACUGGCCGGGCUCGAUGGAUACUUUCUCGCCCAGCAAACCCCGGAACUGUACAAACGCUUGCGCCGGUUGCGCCUAUCACAAGUGCUGGAGAUGUUUUACAGCGAUCGUGGCAUUCCGGUAGCGGCGAUCGAGAACGUCUCCCAUCGGAGACGAUUAGGCGGCACAAGGCGCACGGGAACUGUGAAUGGUUGGUCCGAGCAGCAUGCAGCAGCCGUUCAGCGUCCAGGAUCACGGCUCACGGAUGCGGACGAAAAGGCACACUUUAACGCAAAGGCUGGCGGUAGAAAUCGCUUUCACGCGGUGUUCGAUGGCGAUGAGGAUGACGAACAGGUCCAGCAGCAAGCGAUCGACGUUACACGAGCAUGCCAACGGAAGGACAUCCUGCGUACGAUCGAUUGGGAAAAGAUGAAGCAAGAAACGAGCAAAUUCGUCGAGGUGCUACAGUACACUACCGGGAGUGUCGUGGUUAACGAGAGAUUAAUGCAACGCAUCUGUAACGCGACGGUGGACAGGUUUGCCGAGCAGGCUGGCUUGCUGCUGGACACGCUGGCCGACUGUCCACCGGAGGAAAACGAGCCAAAGUUCGCGAUGAAAGCAACCAUGGAUCUUACCGUCAUUCUCGAUGGUUCCAGGGACGAGUACCACAAUCUACAGCUGGUCGCCUAUCUGGUUGAUUUGAUCGACGUUUCGAACUAUGGCUCUUCUAUCGCGAUAGUGCAUGGCACCACCGGCCAGUACAUUGUCAACCGUACGCACAGCAUCUCGACGGUGUUUGAGCAGCUGCAGCUUUUCCACGGAUCAUUCCCUCGUCAGCUUUCACUAUCGCGAAGUUUUGCUGCGAUCGUCGACACCCUCGGAAGGCAAAUGGAUGAAGAACGAGCCAACUUUAUCGUCGGAGCAAAUGCACCCGUCAUUCUCGUGCUCUCGCAGUCUCAUCGAAUCGUAAACGCGGAUUUUGAAAGCGCCCGCCGGAUGCUCCGCGGUUCGUUCGAACAGUUUCCCGAUCUUUAUUUCGCGUUUGUCACCAACGACGUGCCCACGUUCCAGCAACUAACCGAUUUUACCGACACAACGCACAGCCGAUCGGCGGAGGAGCACUAUCACAUCGUUGAAGCCACGCAAACGUCGAUCGAAAGCAUUUCACGGGAUGUAGCGGCCGUUUUGCGUGGUAUUCCGCAGCGUUUGAUUUCACCAAAUUGCCACACCGACGCAAAUCGGGCCAGCUGGCGAGCUGCUGCGGUACGCGAGGAAUACGAGCAAUAUCUUUCGCCGGGUGUUGAGUUACGGUACCGUUUGGGGCAACUCUUCCUGCGUAACAGCGGCGAGGUUCGCGUGCAGUUCAUGAACACAAAUUACGGCGAGUUUACGGUGUGCGAAGGGCGCAACCAUCGCGUUGUGCCGGAAAACUGCCAAUCGACGGGACCCGAUCGGGAAAGCAUCUGGUUUAACCACAGCUGGCCGUGUAGCGGUGGUACGGAUCAGGCGUGCCGGGCGCUUUACUACACCGUACGCCUCGAUAGCUCCAAUAUGCUGUGCAACGAGAAUGACUGCCGCUAUCCGGAUCAGGUGCGGUUUGUCAUACGCCACGAGGGGUUGCGGUGCAUCGGGGAUGAUGGAAGUGGCGCACCACCGCCGGUGGCUGCGUGGCAUUCGUUUUGGAUGGCGAUUUUUAUAGUGAUAGUUUUGAGGUUAAGCUCCUACCGAUCGCUAACACUAGCUCUAUUAGUGUAAAGAACACCCACGUCUCGUUUACUUUUUCAAAUUUCUGUUAUUUUCUGUUUUGAGAAUGCGUCUCAAAACACGUUACCAUUCCAUUGUUAUAUCACAUUGAAUCAUGUACUUGCAUAUUAUAUCAGUCACGUUUGAAAUGACAUCAAAUAAAUAUAAAUUAUA